CCGAUCCGGAAGUGACGUCAGCGGACGGUCUGGGUCCGAGGCGCCGUCCGGGCCCCUCUGGGAAGCUAGGACGCGGCGUGUCGGCUGCCCACCCUCUUGGCUCGCAGUAAGGCUCCGGGGACCCGCGAAUGGCAAAGCCGUAAAGCGGGAAUGCUGCCACCGGGUGGCAGUCCGAAGCUACGGCCCAGAGGCCUCGGAACUGGGGCGACGGUCAGAGUCGAAAACAUAUUACUUUCCCUUUUUCUGAGAAAUUCUCUCCCUAGUGAUCCACGAAAGGCGCCGCAAACAAGAAAGAACUAGGCCCUUUCCUUGACAAAGAAACGGGAACCGCACCCUUCCUUAGGGCCGAGAGAGGAUGCUUACUGGCCAAAGAAGCCUGUCUUGGGUUUAACCUACUGCCCCUCAUCCCUAACUCCUGUAAAUGGAGCCCAGUGCCCACUCUGGAGAAAGGGUUUUUCGGGUGCCUGAGCUGCUUCUGGACCAAACUUUCCUCAUGGCCGGCCCAUCGGCCAAGCCCUGCGUCCACUUUGCCCAGAAGGGAGCAGAAAAACAGUGACCGCUUAUGGAAGCUAAGCAUCUAGUGCUUUCCCAAAACCCUCUUUCCAGAUGCCCCUCCAUCCUUCAGGAGGAAACACCGCCCUCCUGGAUUCUUUCUGGACCAGUCACCUGGGACCCUGGGACCGGCCCUGCGAGUGACGGAAUCAAAACCAGAAUUCACUGUCUGUAGCACCUGCUGCUCCACAGAGGGUACCCUGGAAUGGCGAUGGCACUCCCGAUGCCUGGACCCCAGGAAGCUGUUGUGUUCGAGGAUGUGGCUGUGUACUUCACGAGGAUAGAGUGGAGUUGCCUGGCCCCCGACCAGCAGGCACUCUACAGGGACGUGAUGCUGGAGAACUAUGGGAACCUGGCCUCACUAGGCUUUCUUGUUGCCAAACCAGCACUGAUCUCCCUAUUGGAGCAAGGAGAGGAGCCGGGGGCCUUGAUUCUGCAGGUGGCUGAACAGAGCGUGGCCAAAGCCAGCCUGUGCACAGAUUCCAGGAUGGAGGCUGGGAUCAUGGAGUCUCCUCUGCAAAGAAAGCUCUCCAGGCAGGCAGGACUGCCGGGCACCGUGUGGGGGUGUCUCCCCCGGGGGCAUCCCGCACCACCCCACCCGCACGGCGGUCCUGAGGACGGGUCAGCUAACCCCACCCACCCCCGGGCUCGGGAGCACAGCGCCUCCCCAAGGGUUCUGCAGGAAGACCCGGGCCGGCCUGUGGGGAGCUCAGCCCCUCGCUACAGGUGCGUGUGCGGCAAGGCGUUCAGAUACAACUCGCUGCUGCUCAGGCACCAGAUCAUCCACACCGGCGCCAAGCCCUUCCAGUGCACGGAAUGCGGGAAGGCCUUCAAGCAGAGCUCCAUCCUGCUGCGGCACCAGCUGAUCCACACUGAGGAGAAGCCGUUCCAGUGCGGCGAGUGCGGGAAGACUUUCCGGCAGAGCACGCAGCUGGCUGCGCACCACCGCAUCCACACCCGCGAGCGGCCCUACGCGUGCGGCGAAUGCGGCAAGGCGUUCAGCCGCAGCUCCCGGCUGCUACAGCACCAGAAGUUCCACACCGGGGAGAAGCCCUUCGCGUGCGCCGAGUGCGGCAAGGCGUUCUGCCGCAGGUUCACCCUCAACGAGCACGGCCGCAUCCACAGCGGGGAGCGGCCCUUCCGGUGCCUGCGGUGUGGGCAGCGCUUCAUCCGAGGGUCCUCGCUCCUGAAGCACCACCGGCUGCACGCCGAGGAGGGCGCCCAGGACGGCGGCGCGGGAAAGGGAGCCCUGCUCGGAGCUGCGCAGAGGUCCCAGGCGGGGGACCCGCCCCACGAGUGCCCGGUGUGCGGGAGGCCGUUCCGACACAACUCCCUGCUGCUGCUGCACCUGCGCCUACACACGGGCGAGAAGCCGUUCGAGUGCGCGGAGUGCGGCGAGGCCUUCGGUCGCAAGUCCACCCUCACUCUGCACCAGAAGAUCCACACCAAGGAGAAGCCCUUCGCGUGCACCGAGUGCGGCAAGGCCUUCCGCAGGAGCUACACGCUGAACGAGCACUACCGGCUCCACAGCGGCGAGAGGCCGUACCGGUGCCGCGCCUGCGGGAGGGCCUGCAGCCGGCUGUCCACCCUCAUCCAGCACCAGAAGGUGCACGGCCGCGAGCGCCGGGAGGACACAGAGGGCAGGCGGGCGCCCCGCUGGGCUUCCUGACGACGGGGACGACAGGCCGAGGAUUCACGCGGGAAGCCCACCUGAGCCGGCGGGGCCCCAGCGCAGAAAUUCAGAACCCCACGUCCUGAAGGUGAAGCAAAGUCUAAAGAAAGGGCCAGCUCCCACCAGGAGCUCGGCUUCUUGCUCCAGCCGGGCACUGGGGAGGGAAAGGGCACCAGGCAGCCCGUGGUGUGGCCUCAGGAACCACCAUCAGCCACCAUUUCCUGGGACCUUCUGGAAAUGUCCAGGAGUGGGCAGGAGGGAGGGAGGGAGGGGCAGCUAUGCUCAGUCCCCAAAGAGCAGGGCACAGGGGACGCCAUAGACGCAUAUGCAGCUGAGCUCCCCACAGGCCUGCCCGGGUCUUCCUGCGGAACCAUUGGGCACAGCCAGGCCUUAGCACCAGGCCCUGUGUGGCGGUGAAUUUCGGGUGGUGUAAAGCCGACUCACAGGAUACAAGGUGCCUUAGCUGACUGCCAUGUCUGCUGCCUGUAAUCCCAUCACUUUGGGAGGCUGAGGUGGGAGGUUUGUUUAAGCCCUGGAGUUUGAGACCAGCUUGGGCAACAUGGUGAAACUUCUCUACAAAGAAUUUAAAAAUUAGCCAGGUAUUGUGGUCUGUGCCUGUAGGCUGUAGUCCCAGCUACUCAGGAGGCUGAGGUGGAAGGAUGGGUUGCCCUGGGAAGUCAAGGCUGCAGUGAGCUAUGAUAGCACCACAGCAUUGCAACCUGGGUGACAGAGUGACACCCUGUUAAAAAAAAAAAGAAAAA